AUGCCACUAAAUCUAUUCAUAAAAUUGUUUAUAUUCUUUACAAUUUUAUGCUUAUCGAAUAGUCAGUAUCAAUAUUUUCAAGUUCAACCUCAUGAUAUAUCUGCUUUAAUUGGUUCUAAUAUUACUAUUCCAUGUGUAAUUACUUCACCUCAUGGUGACGUUCAAUGGACUAAAGAUGGUCUUGCAUUGGGUUAUGAUCGACAAUUGGCAGCGUUUCCUUCGUGGUCGAUAAUUGGAGAUGAAAAUCGUGGAGAAUUUAAUUUUUUUAUUGAAUCAUUAAAAUUUGAAGAUGAAGGAAUAUAUGCUUGUGAAGUUUCACCUUAUAAUAAUGCACCAGCACUUAAACAAGUUGCUAAUAUAAAAACUCUUGUACGACCAGAACAUGUAAAAAUCAUUAAUAAUCAAUCUUUAUCAAAUGAAACAACAAUUAUACGGAUGAGAUUUGAUGAAAAAACUCAUCGAAUUAAUUGUCGAGUUGAUGGUGCUAGACCAGCAGCUCAUAUUAAAUGGAUCAAUGAAACUGGCCAUGAAUUUUCAGCUAUAUCACGAACAUUUAUUAAAGAUAAUCUUUUUUCAACAAUGAGUACACUUACUCUUAUUCCAUCAUUAUUACUUCAUAAAAAACGUUUUAUGUGUGAUGUUCGUCAUGAAACAUUAAUUAAUCAUACAAAUAUACUUCGUAGUGUAUUUGAAAUUGAAAUAACUUCACCACCAGAUAUUCCUAUUAUUCAUGGUUAUUCAUCAACAUUUCGUUUAAUAAAUGAUUCAUCUUUAACUUUAUCAUGUCAAUCUUAUGGUGGUCAUCCAUUAGGUAAACUUUCAUGGUAUAGAUUAGACAAUGAAAGUUUUCAUUUAAUUGAUAAUUCAUCAAUUAUAUUUCAUGAAGAAAAUAUUAUUGAAAAUAAUAUAACAAUUAUUAUUAAACCUUCAGAUAAUAAUGCUAUACUUUCAUGUCAUGUUACUAAUGAUUAUCUUGAUUCAUUAGGACAAACAUUACAAACAAAUAUUACUUUACAAGUUGCUUUUGGUCCAACAUCUGUACAUAUUCUUGAUAAUAAUAUCAAUGUAACAACAUUAAUUGAAGGAACUCCACAACGAUUUCGAUGUCGAACUUCAUCAUCAAAUCCACGAUCAAUUAUUGUUUGGAAAGUUGAUAAUCAAAUUUUACCUGCUGAUAUUGAUCCAUUAGAAGAACAAGGUGAAUUUUAUGGUAAAAUAAUUCAAUCAACAAAAACAAUCGGCUUAGAUAAACCAUUAAUAUAUUAUCAUGAAAAAUUACUUUCAUGUGAAGCAACAAAUCCUGAUACAGGUCAUACUGUUACUGAUUCAAUAAAAUUAAAUAUUAUUUAUGAUGCAAUAAGUAUUGAUAUGUAUGGAUUAACAAAAGAUAAAAUAAUUAAAGCAGGUGAUACAAUUACUGCUGAAUGUAUUCUUACUGGAGGAAAUCCAUUAGGAAAAGUUGUUUGGUAUAAAGGUGAUGAAUUACUUCAUUCUGAAUAUUUGAUUGAAACAAAUGAAAAAUAUGUUUCAAGUCGUGUAGAAUUUAUUGCAUCACCAUUAGAUAAUAAUCUUUUAUUAACAUGUAAAGGACAAGUAGAAAAAUUUCCUGAACAUAUUGUUUCAUUUCAACUUAAUGUUACAUUUCCUCCUGAGGAAAUAAUAAUUAUUGGAAAUGAAUUUUUUUCAAAUUUAUCAAUGAAUAAUGAUACAUAUAAUGAAUUUGAAUGUCGUACUUCAAUUUCAAAUCCUCAAACACAAUUAACAAUAAUUCGACAAUCAAAUGAUGGACAAAAACAUUUCGAUAUUCGAUAUAAAACAUCAGAUACUUAUAUCAAUGGAAUUAAUUCAAUUAAAUUCAUGUUACCUCAAAUUGAUCUUUCUCUUCAUGAAAAUCUUCUAACAUGUCAAGCAAUAUCAAAUAUUGAUACUUCAUUACUUACAAAACAAGUUACAUAUGUACUUUAUGUUAAUCAUAAACCAUAUUUUCAGAAUUUUAAUAGAUCUAUUGAAGUUAAAGAAAAUCAAUCAUUUAAUAUAACACUUGAAGCGAAGGCUUAUCCAAUGCCAAUAAGCUACACAUGGUUUCAUCCAACGGGUAGACAAUUAAUGAAUGAUCAAUUAAAUAUAUUUGUUAAUCAAGGACAAUUAUCAUUGAUAAAUAUUCAUAGAAAUGAUUUAGGAAUUUAUCGAUGUAUAGCAACAAAUUCUAUUGGUUAUACAGAAGUUAAUUUUACAUUAAAUGUUCUUUAUGGACCUGUUAUUACACGAACUCAAGGAUAUUCUAUAUCAGAAGCUUUAAUGCCUGGUUCAUCAGCAAUACUUAUAUGUGUUAUUGAUGGUAAUCCAAUUGAUUUAAAUAAAGUACGAUGGUUUAAAAAUAAUCAAGAAUUAUCUUUUGAUCAAUGGGAAAAAAGAAUUGAAGGAAAUGAUGCAUCAUUAAUACGAAAAUCAAUUAAUCGAGAAGAUGCAGGACAAUAUGCAUGUGAAAUAGAUAAUCAAUUUGGAAAUAGUCAUGCAACAUUACCAUUAAUUGUUCAAUAUGCACCAGAAAUCGAUCGAAGUGUUCCAGGUCGAGAUAAAGCAGCAACUGAUUCUGAUCGUUUACUUACAGCAGAACUUCAUUGUUAUGUAUCUGCUAUACCAAAACCAACAGUCAUAUGGAUGAAGGAUAAUAAACUAUUACCAUCAUCAUCACGAUAUCAAUCAAUACUUAAUGAACAAAUUCCUUCAUCUUCAUUUUCAUCUAAUCUUUUAUUCGAAGCUAUUCUCUAUGUUUAUAAUGUAACUAAAUCCGAUUAUGGUAUAUAUCAAUGUAAAGUCGAAAAUAAAUUAGGUAUUGAUAUGACACAAAUAAUUUUAACUGGACUUACUAUACCUGAUUCUCCUAGUCAAAUUCAUAUAACAAAUACAUCACAUUCAUCAGUAUUAAUAAGUUGGACACCAGGUUUUGAUGGUGGUUUUCAACAAACAUUUCAAAUACGUUAUCGUCUUUCAACAGAUAAUUAUUAUGUAUAUGAAAAUGUACCAAUUCAUAUGGAAUCAUAUGAUUUAAAAAAUUUAAAAUUAGGAAGUCAAUAUUAUAUAAGUAUUCGUUCAAAUAAUUCUUAUCAUUUAAGUAAAUGGACAGAUGAAAUAAUAAUAUCAACAUCAAAUUAUUUACCAUCAUUAAAAUUUCAUUUAUCAGAAAUAUCAUCAACAAAUAUUUCAUUUACACUUCUUAUUCUUAUAGCUGUUAUUGGUUUAAUUAUUCUUUUAAUUAAUAUAAUACUAAUAUGUUUUUUUAUUAUAAAACGUCGACAAUUCAAUAUGACAAGUGAAAAUUCAUCAACAACAGGAACAAAUGAAACAGAAACAAAUACAAUUGAUAUAUUUCAACCAAUUCCAUCAAAUUUUUUUUUAACAACAACAACAACAACAGCAACAAAUACUUAUAAAAAAUAUGAAGAUGAUGAUAUUAAACGACCAUUUGUAUCAUCAUGUUCAUCAACUAAUUUAAAUAAUUUAGAUACUAGAUCUUCUUAUGCGAGUUUAAAGAACAAUUGUAUUUCUCCAUAUGAUAAUGUUCUAUUACAUCAGUAUUAUCCAGCCGAUAUCGAUAAUAGUCUUGUAACAUAUCGAAGUUUUAAAGAUGGUAUUAGUUAUACAACAGAUAUUAAUGAUUGUAUUCGAACUGAACUUGUUUAA